AUGGCUCGCCUACGACGCGACACGCUUUCAGCGUCCAGCACUACUCAUUCCCCAACGUCCGUUCACGCCAGCCCGCCUAUGCCAAGUCCGUCAACUUCUAAACCAUUCCGUAUAUUCUCGACAGGGACGAUAUUCUUCACCUAUUCACUGGACCUCUGCUCACAUCCAGUUCCGGGCACUGCAUCUCGUGCACAAGCAGUCACCGCCGCACGUGGUGGUAGCGCUGGACAUGUACUCGGUUUUUUGGCAGCGCUUCCUGCUGCUGUGGAACCUAUGCUUAUAGCGAGUUUGGGCGCGUCACCUGAUGGAAUUCGACUCCGAGAUGAGCUAGAAGCAGGUGGAGUGCGCACAAAAUAUUGCAAGCUCUGGCCCGGUCUCGGUGUUCCAUCUGCAUGGGUAAUGCAUGCCCGUGAUACUGGUGAAAAGACUGUUAUAAAUCACAAUCCGCUUCCAGAAGUGUCCCAUGAAGAUUUCAUUGCGUUGCUCGGCCCUGUUCUGGCACCAGAGAACUACGUUGGUAUUGCCCACCCCCAACCACCUCAACCACCACCUCAACCGCCUUCGCCCGCUGCCGUCUUCCCAAAUGCAUUCGUUUCUACUCCGCCGCCGAGACCCAGUAUGUCGUCCAGACCUGCAACAGCUCCUGCAGGAAGCGCGCCCCCACACAUGGCGAUCGUGCCCACUCAAAGCCCACUUUCACCAGCGCCUUUUGACUGGCUGCAUUUUGAAGGACGGAGUAUCAAAACCACGCUCUCCAACAUUCUUGGAGUAGAUGGUCUUGCACGUGAGCGAAAGUGGCGAGCACAUUGUGUUAUCAGCGUAGAUCUCGGCCGAAAGGCACGAGAAGGCGUCGAAGCUCUCAUCCCCCAUGCAGACGUCAUCUUCCUUUCGGCGCAAACUUUUCCCUCACUCUCCAAUUCCCAACCUAACGCCGCCAACCCUGGCCCACCUUCUCCCCGCGCUAUUCUCCUUGCACUCGCACGACACGCACCUCCACACGCGCUCCUUAUAUUAUACGGAGGUGCCCUUGGUUCGGCUCUCCUCUCCCUCCCCACGCGUGAGUACCUCCAGUCGUCCUCCUGGUCUCCACCUCCGAUAGGGCACAUAUCCCACGCACACACCAACUCCAACUUACACUCCAUCAUCUCCACCGCAGAGGGUGUCGAGAGCGUGCGCAGCGGCUCAGAAUUUUGGGCUGGCCGCCGCAGCCCCGACUCAAGCGGGUUCACCAUGGGUGUCUCUUCAUCAUCUGCCGGAAAUCGUGACAGUGGGUACUCAGAAGAUCAUGACGACGAGCUAAGGGGGCGCACGUCAUCGGCGGGAGAAUCGUUCCACCCACUUGACGAUGACGAUGACGAUGACGACGCGAGGUCUACGCAUACUACCCGCGGGACAUCCUUGCCCCACUCGCUUCCCAACCCUCAUCUUCGCACUAAUGGUCAUAGCCACAGCCAUGCACACACACGCCCCCCUCAGCACGUACAGAGCACUGUGCUCGCGCAGCCUUUGCCACCGCCAUCGGAUGACCCGCAAGAUGAAGAGGGCGCGCAUUCCGCUUUCGUCGCGGGGAUGAUCUGGUCCCUCAGCAGGCGCAUUCUUCCAGGGGCGCCAUAUACCCCCGUGCAAGCGGAGGAGAAAGAAGUAGACGUCACUGCGCGGUGGAGGCUCGACGAGUGCAUGCGAUUUGCGACGGAAUGUGCGGGACGCAAGUCUAGCGGGUGCGAGUGGAGCAACCUGGCUGUGGAGAUGAGAGAUGCGGGGUGGUUUGAUUGAUUGACACACUCGUUGAAAAGUAUUUCAUUAUUAUUCUUGUUUUUGGCAGCUUGCGAUACCUUUACUCAUAUACCCUCAUCCACAUCUAGUUUUACAUUGCACAUAUACACCCCCAUUCUCGGAUGUGAUAUACCGGCCUUUCUGGUUACUGAAUAUAUAUAUUUCUUGGACAGACAGAUUGUGUGGCAGCUGGCCAGUGUACACCUGCAAUCAGAUAUUAACGAGGACAGAUUCAACG